AGUACACGAAUUGAGCGAAUUGGAGCGAAUGGGAACGAGUCAACGAAGUGUGAACGACGUGAGCGGGCGUUCUUGAUUUUCCAUCGAAGAAGUAUGCUAAUUGGAAAUUAAAUUCAAGCUAAAACUGCUAUUUGUCCUCAGGAUUUAAUCACUCGAUAAUCUUACAAUCGACUGGUUGACUAAGUUGCAGAGAAAAGAUAGAAAGACAAAGAAGUGCAAGAAGUUCAGAAUUAAAAUGAACAGACUUUCUCUUGAUGUUUGAUGCAGAAUAGGACGUUAAAGAUUGGAAGCCAUGGUCUAACGAAACUAUAGAUAUAUUUAAACGGUGAGAAUGGAGCAACUGCAGACAGCACUGACUGCUAUUAAAGUGCUCCGUUCCAAUGUUGGACAAGUAUUUGAUUCUCUAGGAAAUGGCCUACAAGCAGAACAUGGGGAGGAGGGUAAAGAAUCCAAGUAUUUGCUUGAGUUACAGGAACAGUUGACCACUGUGAAUGCUAACUUGAGGGACGUAGAACAGGCGAUAAGUAGUUUAAAUGCCCCACCUGGUCCAUUUAAUUUGGCCAGCACGACUUAUCUCAGUCAGGAGACCACACAAGAAAGACAGGCGCUUUAUAGUACGCUUGUUAAUAGUUACAAAUGGACGGAUAAGAUUCACGAAUAUAGUAACGUUGCUCAAUUGUUGCUCAGUCAAAACUCACUAAAAAGAUCUUACAUGAGUGCAAGUAGAACGAAGAGGGGAAGAUAUCAAACUACCAAUCAUAAUGUACCUCAGGCACAAGUCGAUUCCAUGAUAGCGACGUUCGAUAGACUGUUUAAUGACAUGACAGUGACCGUGUCCCGUCCGUUUGCAUCAAAUGCGGUGCUACACGUUACCUUGGGACACGUUCUGAAAGCAGUGAUAGCGUUUAAGGGAUUGAUGAUAGAACGGGUGGUGGUCAAGGGUUACGGCGAAACGAUGGACCUGUGGACAGAGUCUAGGCACAAGGUCUUCCGCAAAGUGACGGAGAACGCGCACGCCGCGAUGCUGCACUUCUACUCGCCUACGUUACCCGAAUUAGCAGUGCGAUCGUUCAUGACAUGGUUUCAUAGUUUAAUCAAUUUGUUCAGCGAACCGUGCAAACGUUGCGGUUUGUACUUGCACAGCGCGCUUCCUCCGACUUGGAGAGACUUCCGAACUUUGGAGCCUUAUCAUCAGGAGUGCAAACCAUAAGACGCAGGCUCUUUGAAGCUUGGGUUUUAAAUAAUCAAUUUUUACAAUUUUUGUACUUUUCAUCGAUAGUGUAUAAUAAUAUAUAAACCGUCACGACAUUUAAUAUUUAUAUUUUUCCUGAAUGCGUUUAUUAUUAGUUGUAUAUACUAAAAUACGAAUAAAAUACUUUCAUCUAUUUUAA